AUGACGCGAGGAGUGGGGCUGGGGCCUGACCAGGGUUCCGAGAGCUUUUCUCUGUACAUAAAGCUGGACUAUCCAGUUUCGCUCCUAAUUGAAGAGGAAUUCGUUAUCAAGCUGGUUUAUAUUUUCAAGUUCUUGUGGAAACUAAAAAAGAUUGAGCAUUUGGCUGGAAGACUGAGAGAACUAAAAUACUUUAAUUUUAUUCAGAAAUUGCAGUUCUACGUGUUUAACGAGGUUAUUGGCAAUUUUUCCAUUGAAUUUCCAGAUUUUGAGAGCUUCUGUUUUGAUGUUUUCAAGAAAAACAUCAACAAAAGACUGGACAGUAUUAUGAAAGGGCUAUUCAUUAACACAAGAGCUAAGAAGACGGAGAUGAUGCUCUUCAGUCUUGAAAGAUAUCUUGUGGACAAGGGUACUAGCAACAGAAACGUGAAUGAGGAUGAAGUGGUUCGGGCUUUGAACGACUUCUGUGAGUAUUCAAAGGGAGAACUUGUGGGUACAUAUCUUUUUAAUUUACAAGAAUGUCUGCAAUGA